AUGGGAUUACCGUGGUACCGUGUACACACUGUAGUAUUAAAUGACCCGGGUCGUUUAAUUGCAGUACACCUUAUGCACACUGCAUUAGUAGCAGGUUGGGCUGGAUCAAUGGCAUUAUAUGAAUUAUCAGUAUUUGACCCUUCAGAUCCAGUAUUAAACCCAAUGUGGCGUCAAGGUAUGUUUGUUCUUCCGUUCAUGACACGUCUUGGUGUAUCUACAUCAUGGGGUGGAUGGACAAUUGAUGGUGAAAGCACUAGCAAUGCAGGAAUUUGGAGUUACGAAGGAGUUGCGGCAUCGCACAUUAUUCUUUCUGGACUUCUUUUCCUUGCAGCAAUUUGGCACUGGGUAUUCUGGGAUCUUGAACUUUUCCGUGACCCACGUACUCAAGCUCCAGCAUUAGACCUUCCAAAGAUUUUUGGUAUUCACCUUUUCCUUUCAGGGGUUCUUUGUUUUGGAUUUGGUGCAUUCCACGUAACUGGUCUUUUUGGACCUGGUAUCUGGGUGUCUGAUCCAUACGGUCUUACAGGUGGAUGUGAGCCAGUAGCUCCAGCAUGGGGAGCAGAAGGAUUUGAUCCUUACAACCCUGGUGGAAUCGCAGCGCACCACAUUGCAGCUGGUAUUGUUGGAAUUCUUGCAGGACUUUUCCACUUAAGUGUUCGUCCUCCACAGCGUCUUUACAAAGGUUUACGUAUGGGUAACGUAGAAACAGUACUCUCAAGUAGUAUUGCAGCGGUAUUCUGGGCAGCGUUUGUAGUUGGUGGAACUAUGUGGUACGGAUGUGCUGCAACACCAAUUGAACUUUUUGGACCAACUCGUUACCAAUGGGAUCAAGGUUUCUUCCAACAAGAAAUUGAAAAGCGUGUACAAACAAGUGUAGCUGGUGGUGCAUCACUUUCUGAUGCAUGGUCAAACAUUCCAGAAAAACUUGCGUUCUACGAUUACAUCGGAAACAACCCAGCGAAAGGUGGACUUUUCCGUUCAGGGCCAAUGGACAACGGUGAUGGUAUUGCUGCAGGUUGGUUAGGACACGCGACAUUUACAGACAAGCAAGGGCGUGAGCUCUUUGUACGUCGAAUGCCAACGUUCUUUGAAACAUUCCCUGUAAUUCUUACAGAUAGUGAUGGUGUUGUACGUGCUGACGUACCAUUCCGUCGUGCAGAAUCAAAGUACUCAAUUGAGCAAGUUGGAGUAAAUGUAUCAUUCUACGGUGGAGAACUUGAUGGAUUAAGUUUUACUGAUCCAGCAACAGUGAAAAAGUAUGCACGUCGUGCACAACUCGGUGAAGUUUUUGAAUUUGACCGCGCAACUCUUCAAUCGGAUGGUGUAUUCCGUAGUAGCCCACGUGCAUGGUUUACGUUUGCACACGUAAGCUUCGCACUCCUUUUCUUCUUUGGACACAUUUGGCACGGAUCACGUACGAUCUUCCGUGACGUAUUUGCUGGUAUUUUAGGGGUAGAAUUAGACGAACAGGUAGAAUUUGGUGUAUUCCAAAAACUUGGAGAUGUAACAACGCGUCGUCAAGCUGUGUAA